GUAUUUCUGUUUGUUUUUUUAAUACAUUUGCAAAACAAUAUAACAUGUUAUCGCUUUGUCAACCAUAGUCGGUCAAGAGCCAACCAUAUUCGGUCAAAAAAAGUCUUCCUCAUUCUAAAGGCGUGGGAAAUGGGAUUCUGACGCGCUCUUAACAAAUAUAAAUGAUUACCUCCUCCCUGAGGAAAUGCAAUUUUAUGGUCUGUAUUUCCUUGGCAUGACUUUGACCACUGACCUUAAAUGGGUGGGGUUUGAACAGGUGCACUGUAUAAAAACGACAGGUAACGGCUUAAAGACCAGUAGUGGUGGACGGCGAAAGUCCUUCAAAAUGGGCAACUGGAUCAUUAACCAUGGACUGACAUACUUCAUACUGGUGGUCUGGAUGGCCAUCAACAUAUUCCUCUUUGUCUGGUUCUACUUCUUGUACGACUUGGGGGAUCGGUUUUUCUACACGCGACACCUUUUAGGGUCCGCAUUGGCCUGGGCCAGAGCCCCUGCUGCCGUCCUCAACUUCAACUGCCUGCUGAUCCUGCUGCCUGUGUGUCGGAACCUGCUGUCUCUUGUCCGCGGCUCCUUCGUGUGCUGUGGGCGAACUAUGAGGAAGCAGCUGGACAAAAAUAUCAGUUUCCACAAGCUGGUGGCCUACAUGAUUGUCCUGAUGACAGCGGUUCACAUCAUUGCCCAUUUGCUGAACGUGGAGCGGUACUACAACAGCUGGCAUGGAGAGUAUGAUGCCCUCAGCAUGGCCCUGUCCAGACUGAACGACUCGGGCAACACCACCUACUUGAACCCAAUCCGCUCUACAACCACUACUCCGAACCUCCUGUUGUUCACCACCAUCGCUGGGAUCACGGGCGUAAUCAUCACACUGGCACUCAUCCUUAUGAUCACCUCGUCCAUGGAGUUCAUCAGGCGCAGCUACUUCGAGGUCUUCUGGUUCACACACCACCUCUUCAUUGUCUUUUUUGCUGGGCUGGUCAUCCAUGGAGCCGGACGCAUAGUUCGAGGUCAAACAAACUCCAAUCCACCAUAUAAUAUCACCUUCUGUAAAGAUCAUAUAGAAGACUGGGGGAAGAAAAAAAUGUGUCCCGUCCCUCAGUUUGCAGGGGGGUUCCCACAGACCUGGAUGUGGGUGAUAGGUCCCAUGGUCCUCUAUGUGUGUGAGCGCUUGCUGCGCUUCAUCCGCUACAUUCAGGCUGUCAAAUACAGAAAGAUAGUGAUUCGGCCGUCCAAAGUACUGGAACUGCAGUUGGUGAAGAAUGGUUUCAAAAUGGACGUGGGCCAGUACGUCUUCCUCAACUGCCCAGCCAUCUCCCAGCUGGAGUGGCACCCCUUCACCAUGACCUCUGCCCCCGAGGAGGACUUCUUCAGCGUGCACAUUCGCUCUGUAGGUGACUGGACCCAGAAACUCAUCAGCAUCGUGGAGCAGCUCCCUGAGGGGGCUCAGGGACCGAAAAUGGGUGUGGAUGGACCGUUUGGUACGGCCAGUGAGGAUGUGUUUGACUACGAAGUCGCCAUGCUGGUUGGGGCUGGAAUCGGAGUCACCCCCUUCGCCUCCAUCCUCAAGUCCAUCUGGUACAAAUUCAAGGACUCCAACCCUGAGCUACGCACCAGAAAAAUCUACUUCUAUUGGCUGUGCAGGGAGACGCAUGCAUUCGAGUGGUUUGCAGAUCUGUUGCAGGUGCUGGAGAGGGAGAUGGAGGAGAGAGGCAUGGGAAACUUCCUCACCUACAAACUCUACCUCACUGGAUGGGAUCAGAGCCAUGCAACUCAUGUGAUGGUUCAUGCGGAUGCGGACACGGAUGUGGUCACUGGUCUGAAGCAGAAAACCAACUACGGCAGGCCCAACUGGGAUAAGGAGUUUGAACAAGUGUGCAAAGAGAAUCCGACGUCAGUGGUGGGCACGUUCUUGUGUGGCCCUGUGGUCUUAGCUACCGUCUUGUCAAAGAAAUGUGUCAAAUACACAGACGUCGAUCCCCGAAAGACCAAAUUCUACUUCAACAAGGAGAACUUCUGAGCAAAACAAUGUCUAAUCUGCCCCCCUACCAAAGCUGGCUCUUUGGUCUUCCAAAAUGUUUGCAAAAAUAUGUUUUUAAAACAAUUCAUCUGGGAGCUUCCUGAGUGGUGCAGCAGUGCUGCCGGCUGGGAUUUCCUUCCUCUAGCGACUCCUUGUGGCGGGCUGGGCGCCUGCAAGCUGACUUCGGUCGCGAGCUGGACGGUGUUUCCUCCUACACAUUGGUGCGGCUGACUUCCGGGUUAAGCGAGCAGUGUGGCUUGGCAGGGUCAUGUUUCGGAGGAUGCAUGGCUUUCAACUUCGCCUCUCCUGAGUCUGUAGGGGAGUUGCAGCGAUGGGACAAGACUAUAACCAAUUGGAUGUCAAGAAAUUGAGGGGGGGAGAAUAUAUUUUUGACAAGAAUCUGAACAUGACAGAUCCUGACAUGCUGUAGAAUAUCAGCCCUUAAUACCUUUUUGGAUUCUGCUGUUUCAUAGAAAACUGACAAGCCUUGCACAUAGACAAAUCAGAAAUCUUCACAAAAUGAGGAAUAAGCUUUUUGUGCAUAUGAAAUAUUUCAACGCAAACACUUUAAAUAUGUUUUAUUCAGUGUAGAAUAAGAAAUCAAACUUGGCUCUUCACAGCAUUUCUAGCUGAACAUGACACUGAGGCUUUCAAGGAAAUGAUAGCAAUGUUUAUACAAAAGCCCUACUGUAUAUCCAUUUCCUUGUAAACGACACGGGUGCACUGAAGUGUUAAAUGAGGGCGAGGCAUUGCCAGUCAAAGCCACAGGUGCACUGAAAUGUUAAAUGAGGGCGAGGCAUUGCCAGUCAAAGCCACAGAAUCUGUUCUAUAGCAAAUGAGUCACGUAUACAAAUGUACUUUCCUUGGAAUUAUUUUGUAAAUGUGAGGACUCUUCCACCUCAACCUACUUAAUUUGUAUGUCCUUUUUGAGCAAAUAGUUUAUUUUAAAUCUACAAUGACACUUUAAAUCCUCACCUGUACAUACCAACAUCCCGCUGAAUAAAAUACAGUACUGAAAUUGUUCUCAUCUAUUUUUGAUAGACAAUAUGAAAACCCAUAACAUCCAGCAACACUUCUGUUGAAGUGUUGCCAUUUGAAGAUGAACUGACAUUCUUCAAAUCACAAGCACUCACUUCAAUCUUCCAUUAAAAAAAGACAAUAUAAUACAAAACAAUCUACAAAAUGUUUGAAAUUAGGAUGAGGUGACGUCGACAUAGGGGACAAGAAAUUGGUUGUUCUUUAGGGCGCCCCGGCCGUCUUCUGGAUCUGCUCUUUGAGGAUGAGGAUGCUCUGCCUCUGCUCUGGGGGCAGCAUGGCAAUCUGUUCUGGGGUCAGCUGCAGCACCUGCAUGAUCAAGGCAGCCUGGAAAACAAUAGACAAACUGGUGAACCACACUGCUCUCAGAUCAGAUAUUGACAGGCAGUAAUGUUAAAACCAAAAUACCUCCAAAAGCACAGCAUUUGGAUACAGAAGGAAAGUCAGAUCUUUCAAAAUAGUUUACGCGUUCUCAUUUUUCCAUUGAAUAACUAUGUCAUGUAGUGUAUUCCAUUGGUUGUUAUUGCAUUGAAAUAAAUGGCUUUUCAUUGAG